UUCUUCUUUCUACAGUUCACAAAUCUCUCUCAUCAAUGGCGAAGGAUCCAGUUCGCGUUCUCGUCACCGGAGCAGCAGGGCAAAUCGGAUAUGCCCUGCUUCCAAUGAUCGCCAGAGGAAUAAUGCUGGGCCCAGAACAACCAGUGAUCCUCCACAUGCUCGACAUUCCUCCCGCCGCCGAUGCUUUGAACGGCGUCAAGAUGGAAUUAGUCGAUGCCGCUUUCCCUCUCCUCAAAGGCGUUGUGGCUACGACCGAUGCGGCUGAGGCAUGUGCCGGAGUCAAUAUCGCUGUCAUGGUGGGAGGUUUUCCGAGGAAAGAAGGGAUGGAGAGGAAAGACGUGAUGUCAAAGAAUGUCUCCAUCUACAAGUUCCAAGCUUCUGCUCUUGAAUCCAAUGCUGCUCCCAAUUGCAAGGUUCUUGUUGUGGCGAAUCCCGCAAACACGAACGCGUUGAUCCUGAAGGAGUUUGCUCCUUCCAUCUCGGAGAAGAACAUCACAUGUAUGACAAGGCUAGAUCACAACAGGGCAUUGGGACAAAUCUCCGAGAGAUUGAACUGUCCUGUUUCAGAUGUCAAGAACGUGAUCAUCUGGGGAAACCACUCGUCGACUCAGUACCCUGACGUUAGUCACGCUACCGUCAAGACCUCCUCCGGAGAAAAACCUGUAUCCGACCUUGUUAAGGACAACGAAUGGUUGAAGGGAGAAUUCAUAAAGACUGUCCAGCAACGAGGAGCGGCGAUCAUCAAAGCAAGAAAACUCUCGAGUGCGUUGUCGGCUGCGAGUUCAGCUUGCGAUCACAUUCGCAAUUGGGUUCUUGGGACUCCAGAGAACACAUGGGUUUCGAUGGGAGUUUAUUCAAACGGAUCGUACGAAAUCCCCGCCGGACUCAUGUAUUCGUUCCCAGUGACCUCUCGCAACGGAGAAUGGACCAUAGUUCAAGGGCUUGCGAUUGACGAGUUCUCGAGGAAGAAGAUGGAUCUGACGGCAGAGGAGCUCAAGGAAGAGAAGGCUUUAGCAUAUUCAUGCCUCUCUUGAAACACGAAAAGGGUUUCGUAAUAAGGAACAUCUCGAAGACAGGUAACCUGAUGUCGGACCGUCUUCUUCAUAUGUUAUUUCUGAAAAAUCUUGAAACUCUCUGGCACCUUUCUUGAAUAAAACAAGUAUAUAUAGAAAUCUAUA